AUGACACACACCCACUCACAUGCAGCACACUCACACUCAUCACCUACACAUACGACAGUGUAUAAGGAGGUCAAACGUCUGCGACAGUUUACGGAGGAGCACGCGACCACUCUUUCCCGCCAAAACCUGAGGUUUCAGACCUACGAUCCCAGCAUGUUUCUGGCGGGUAGGACGAUUAUCGAGGAAUUGAGUCAUGUGUGUGAGAAGUUCAAUACCGGCAUGACCAAGAUCAUCAAGGGGCGGGAGGCAAUGCUGCAGUUGCUGUUGGAAAAG